CACAGUCUCACUGCGUGUGUUUUUUUUUAGAUAGAGAAAAUCUCAGAGAGAGAGAGAGAGAGAGAGAGAGAAAAUGGAGGAGAAGCUGAUAGCUCGGCUGGAAUCGGCGGUGGCUCGGCUAGAGUCGUUGUCGACCGGGUUCGGGUCGAGAGGUUUACCCGCUUUCGACGACGACACGGCGGCGUCGUCGUCGGAUCCGUCGAUUUUGGCGUUCGACGAUCUGAUUUCGCAGUACUUGGGUAGGGUUUCGAGCGCGGCUGAGAAAAUUGGUGGACAGGUGUUGGAGGUCACGAAUGUGCUGCAAGAAGCUUUCAAUGUUCAAAAGGAGCUUCUUAUCAAAGCCAAACAAACUCAGAAACCUGAUCCUGCUGGGUUACCUGAAUUUCUCAAGCCACUGAAUGAGGUGAUGGUAAAAGCAAAUGCAUUGACAGAAGGGAGGCGAUCUGAAUUUUUUAACCAUUUGAAGUCUGCUACUGAUAGUCUUUCGGCAUUGGCAUGGAUUGCAUUUACUGGAAAAGACUGUGGUAUGAGUAUGCCUAUUGCACAUGUGGAAGAGAGUUGGCAAAUGGCUGAAUUUUACAACAACAAGGUUCUUGUAGAGUACAAAAGCAAAGACCCAAAUCAUGUUGAGUGGGCCAAAGCCAUCAAGGAACUAUAUUUACCUGGCUUGCGGGAUUAUGUUAAGAGUCACUAUCCAUUGGGCCCAGUUUGGAGUGCCACUGGAAAACCGGCUGCUGCUCCACCAAAAGCUCCUACGCCUGGAGCCCCUGCUCUUCCACCUCCUCCACCAGCUUCUCUUUUUAGUUCAGAAUCUUCUCAGGCUUCAUCAUCACGCCCAAAAGAAGGGAUGGCUGCUGUUUUCCAAGAAAUUAGUUCUGGGAAGCCUGUGACUUCAGGUCUGAGAAAGGUCACAGAUGAUAUGAAGACAAAGAACCGUGCAGAUAGAAGUGGUGUUGUUAGUGCUGGUGAAAAAGGUCGUUCAAAUUCGCCUUCAUUUUCUAAAGCAGGACCACCAAAGUUAGAGCUUCAAGUGGGUCGUAAGUGGGUUGUUGAGAAUCAAAUUGGAAAAAAGCAAUUGGUUAUUGAUGAUUGUGAUUCAAAACAAUCUGUAUAUGUUUAUGGAUGCAAAGAGUCUGUCUUGCAGAUUCAAGGGAAAGUCAACAAUAUUACAAUUGACAAGUGCACUAAGAUGGGAGUUGUAUUUACGGAUGUCGUGGCUGCUUUUGAGAUUGUAAAUUGCAAUGGGGUUGAGGUGCAAUGCCAGGGAUCAGCUCCAACUAUUUCUGUGGACAAUACGACAGGCUGCCAGUUAUAUUUAAGCAAAGAAUCUCUUGGCACAUCUAUAACAACAGCUAAGUCUAGUGAGAUCAACGUAUUGGUACCUGGUGCUGAGCCUAAUGGUGAUUGGGGGGAGCAUUCUCUGCCACAACAGUUUGUUCAUACAUUUAAAGACGGCCACUUUGAAACUACUCCAGUCUCUCACUCCGGAGGGUAAUUGGAACUAUUUUUAAUUGCCAGUUUGUGAUCCUAUAUCUUAUUCCUUGGAUGUUCCGGUGGCUUGUAUUUCUCUUUUCCUUGAUUCAAUUUCGGUCGGUAUAUAGUUGUUAUACAUUCAUGGUCUGUUGGUUAUGCUGUUUUUUGGAUUGGUUGAUCAAACCAUUGGAGUUUUUUUUUUUUGCGCGAUUCUUUGGCUAAGUUUGUUUCCAAAUGUGUCUUCUGAAAUUUCUGAACCUGCCUUUGUGCUGUAAUGAGAAUUUACUGUAAUCUUUGCUUUGUCAAAAUUUCUUAAUUAAUUAUGUUUUAUU